AUGGAUGAUCUUCUGAACUGUAGGGAAUCACCAGGACACAGUAAAACACAUUCUCAGGAGCUGAAGCCAUGGCUGCACCAUCUCCAGCACUUUGUGGAAGAGGAGAAGAACAUGUCCACCAGUGCAAUAAGAUGCUACAAAAGAAUGAUUAGACACAAGCCCUCUGUUUGUGACCUAAAGAGAGAAUCCCCAGGACACAAUAAAACUCCUUCUGAGGAGCUGAAGCCAUGGCUGCACCAUCUCCAGCACUUUGUGGAAGAGGCAUCUCCACAAUGUCUCCAGGACGCCAUGUUACUCAGCCUCAUCUUGCUAAUGGUUGAAGAUGUUGGGUUCAUAGGAAGAGAAGAAAGUCUUCAGAUUGACACCAAUACUUCAGCCAUGGACGUCAGACUGGUGGUCUUCUGUAUUUUACUUGUGGCCGUGACUGGGCAUCCACACAAGAGACGCUGCUUGAUGUCCAGAUAUAAAUCAGCAUCUUCCGCAGACAUCAAGAUGAUCAGACAACUGCAGAAUGAACAUGAGAAGAACAUGUCCACCAGUGCAAUGAAAUGCUACAAAAGAAUGAUGAGACACAAGCCUUCUGUUUGUGACCUAAAGUCCAGUGACCGACUGAUUCUGACCUUGGAGCGAGUUACAAUAACCACAGAGGUUCUGGCAAAUCUGUCCACGUCUGCUGUACCUGACCCUGUAUCACAGUCACUGACAGGGGAUGAUCUUCUGAUCUGUAGGGAGUCACCAGGACACAGUAAAACACCUUCUGAGGAGCUGAAGCCAUGGCUGCACCAUCUCCAUCACUUUGUGGAUGAGGCAUCUCCACAAUGUCUCCAGGAUGCCGUGUUACUCAGCCUCAUCUCUCUUUGUUAUUUUCAAAAAGAUUAA